AUGAAGGAGUGGCGAAGACGUUUUGAGUAUGGAGGCAGCACAGGCAAGAGGGAUACUGGGGUUUGGGAGGACGAACUGCAUCUAACCAACGUCACUGCUCACUGCCCAGGCUUUCAGUUGAUUUCCAUCUAUUUCCUUCGGUGCCUAGGUCUGGUCGUCGUGAUGGACGCUGGUGAUGGAUUUGGCUACAUGGACUAG